UUUAUCUUCUCCCAUAUUUAUAUACAUCAAUCUUACAUUUCUUGUAUGUCUAUCAGUUCGAUUCUUGCAACAAAAUAGUCUUUGCACUUACCCAUGUUUUGUAUCCUGCAUCAAAACUAACUCCCUUUAACUUUACUUUAUAACCUGAUCUACAUCUUCAAUUUCUCCACUAUUUCUUUGUCAAUUUUAUGGAGAAUAGUGAUAUCAAGAAAAUCAAAUACGAAGAGGAAUUCAUAGAAAAUUCACGAGGAGUGAAGCUCUUCACAUGCAAAUGGUGGCCAGAAAACCAUGAAACAAAGGCAUUGAUCUUCUUGUGCCAUGGAUAUGCCAUGGACUGCAGCAUAUCUAUGAGAGAUUGUGCGAGUCGAUUGGCGAAGAAUGGAUACGAGGUUCAUGGCAUUGAUUGCGAAGGUCAUGGUAGAUCGUCUGGAUUACAGGGAUUAAUCCCUAACUUCGAUCAUCUUGUUGAUGAUCUCUCCCAACACUUCACCAAGAUUUCUGAGAAGAAAGAAAAUAGGGCGAAAAUGAGAAUAAUUAUGGGAGAAUCAAUGGGAGGGGCAAUGGCCAUAAAAUUACACAUGAAGAAACCGGACUAUUGGGAUGGUGCAGUUCUUGUUGCUCCUAUGUGUAAGAUUGCUGAUGAAAUGAAACCAAACCCAUUGGCCAUAUUAAGUUUGACAUAUUUGGCUCGCUUCCUUCCCACAUGGCCACUUACACCAACUCCAGAUAUAGUUGACAUUGCAUUCAGGGACCCUAAUGUAAGAAAUGAGGUUAGAUCGAAUCCAUACACGUAUAAAGGCCGACCUCGUUUGCAAACAAGCGACCAACUAUAUAACGUGAGUCUCGAUUUGGAGAAAAGACUUAAAGAGGUUUCACUUCCAUUCAUCGUUCUUCACGGACAAGAUGAUAAGGUGGUCGAUCCGUCUGUGAGCAAACUCUUGUACGAAUCGACCUGCUCCGCCGACAAGACCCUCAAGUUAUAUCCCGGCAUGUGGCAUUCUCUCUCCUACGGCGAGCUGCGGGAGAAUCUAGACAUCGUCUUCUCCGAUGUUUUCCAGUGGUUAGAAAAUAGAGUUUCCGGCUCCGGUCCUGAGUUUGAAGCUCAACAAAAGCGUGCCAAUGAUCGUAUCUCAACAACAACUCCGACGAAGACAAAACUAGUUAAAUCAUAAUUGUAAAUGUUGCUUUUUAAAUUGAUUGUACACUUGUUCUUCGUAUUGAUUUCACACUAAGAAAGUCUAUUUUUAAUCAA